AUGUCUGAAGUACAGUCCCGGCCUGCGCGAGGCAGGAGCACUGCCCGCGGCGGCAGAGGCAGCUAUGCUUCACGAGGCCCGCGGAAACAGACAAACGGCGACGGCGCAUCGUCAACCAUCGACACAUCAGCCGAGGCCGGCGAGCUCGCGGAACUCAAGAAGCGCUACCAGGGACAGCUGUCCAUGCUGAAGGAGCUGUUCCCCGACUGGACCGACGCAGAUCUCGUACUCGCAAUUGAGGAUUCUGACGGUGACCUAGAGAGGACCAUCGAGAAGAUCAGUGAGGGCUCCGUCUCUCAAUUUGCUGAAGUACCCAAGAAGGCAAAGGACCGCUCUCGCUCCAAGGCAGCCAAGGAGAAUGUGAUCCCUACAGAUGGCACAUCAAGCGUGCGCGGUGUUCGCGGCGAAGUUCCCCGACGUGGCACGGACAGCGUUCGUGGUGGUCGUGGACGUGGAACCGAUCGUGGUCGCGGUGGCUUUGGAGGAACGACUCGCGGAGGACGUGGAGGCGCAACCAGUGGCCCCCGAGCUGCUGCCUCAAUCCCGACGACCGAGUCCGCUGCAUGGGACACGACGCCUGCAGCGCCCAAGGAGAACGGCCACGCUACAGAGCACGCAAAGGACGACUCAGAGCACAAAUCGACCGUCGAGGCAGCUGCGACCGCUGUCAAGGGUGCUGCGAAGAAGACAUGGGCCAGCAUGUUCUCUGCGCCCAAACCUGUACCCGCCCCUGCUAAACCGGCUGAGAAGCCCGCUCCAGCCACGGAAGAGUCAAAGGCUGUGCCUGACGAGAUCCCCGCGCAUGAAGUCGCUCAAGAGCCCGCAGUUCAAGCCGAAGAGCUGCCCAUACCCCCAAUUGCAGACGAGGCCGUGCAGACGCCACCCAUUGCGGUCGAUGAUACUUCGAAGCUGACGCCAGACAAGUCUGGAGUAGGAUCUGGACCAGACCUCACGCUGACACCUUCGAAGGACAAGCUCACCGAGGAGAAUGUCGAGCAUCUCCCAGACGAGUCGCAUCCGCCACCUACAGAAACAGCAUUCAGCACCGUCGCCAGCUCCAGGGACAUUGGAAGUGCUGUAGCAACCCCAUUGGGCACCAGCCAGGCACCUGUCCCCCGCCCCGGCAUUGGAGGAUUUGCCACGAGCGCACUGAAGGCCACCUCCACCAGUGGACACCGAAGCGCAAGCUUCCAGCGACGAUUAAUGGAACAGCACGAGGCCGUCGUCAUGCCCGGCAACCACGCUGUGGACAGGGCCGCGGUGCAAUUCGGCAGCUUGGGUCUAGGCGAAAGUUCUGAUUUAGACGUAGAUGAGGACAGGGAAGAAGCAGAGACUCGGGAACAACCACCUCAGCAUUCGCCAGUCGCGCAGCCGCGUGCCGCCCUACCACCCGCACCCCGCCAGGCUCCUCCAGCGGCCGAAACACAGCAAGAAUCUGUUCCCACCCCGAAGCAAGCACCAGGAUUACCUCCUGUACCCCAGCAGCAGCAACCCUUCUCGCAGCAAUCGCCCUCCGCCUCGCUCGGUGGACAAUCGAUGCAGCCCCAGGGCUCCAACCAGCGCUACGAUCAGUUCGGACGCUAUGGUCAGCCAGGAUUACAGUCGGAUGCUGCUGCACCCCCCCAGAAGGCCUACGAUCCUUUUGGUCAACAAAUCCCAUCACAGUCGAACCAAUACGACUACCCUGGUCAGCAAGGUCAACAGAGCCAGGCCCAGUCACAGCCCGGCGCUUUCUCCUCCGCACCAGACAACUUCGGCUCUCAGUACCUCACCUCUGAGCAGCGAUACCAGAACUACUACGGCAGCUACGGACAGCAGGGUGCACCAAGCCAGCAGGAGGCUGGCUCCGCUCAGCAGCGAACAGGCAGCGCUUUCGGCUCCGGCCCGAACGACUCAGCUUUCUCCCAGAGUCAGCAGCAGCAGGUAAGCCAACCUUUUUGCGACACUCCAUCGUCUUUCUCUUUCGAGGAUUUGUCGAAGCCUGCCUUGCAGAAAUCAGCUACCGCCUUUCCCGAUGCAUCUGAGCAGAUGCCUCUCGAGAGUCGGUUUGGUGGUUUUCGUAAGGUCAGGUCGACGAAUGAGACGGAGUCGCAGCCAUUGGGCCGACAAUUUUCUAAUGAACGCAAACAGGGCCAGGGUCGAUACGAUGCCCAGAACAGCGGACACAACACACCCAACCCCGCCUUGGGCGGACAGCAACCUGGUGCUCCUGGCUCGCAGAGCCACAACAUGCAACAGCAUGCUGGCCAGCAGGGACACUCAGGCGCCUACCCUUACAACCAUCCGUACUAUACCAGCCCGUACUAUGCUAACUACAUGAACCAAUUCGGUGGCUAUAACCAGGGAGCUGGCUAUGGCUCCUUCGGAAAGGGCAUGUACGGUCAGCCCCACCACUAUGGCAUGUCUCCUCAAGCUGCCUACGAACAGCAUUCGUCCUCUCCAGCCAACGCUGGUGGCUUCGCUGCGUCUGCACUGCACGAGCGGUCUAGUGGACUUGGUGAAUACGGCCGUUCGGCGUCUGGAACUUCUCAGAACCACAGUGCAACUGCAGGUGCUGGCGGAUUCGGUGGCUUCCCCGACUCGUUCGGACGCCAACAAGGUUACUCUGGCCAGAGUUCCUAUGCCCAACAGCAAGGUGGUCAGCCAGGAGCCAGCGAGGACUCCCUGAAGCCUUUUGGCGACCCUAAGAAUGGCGGUCCUAGCCCGUCUGCUUUGGGUGCUCAGCAAGGCCGACCCGGAUCUGCUACGCAAAACACCCCUGGCCAGGCUGGUCCUCAACAAUCGCAUCAGCAAGGCUUCGGUGGUUACCCUAGCCAUUUGGGUGGCAACAGCCAGUAUGGCGGGGGUCUCGGCGGCCUCGGCCACCAGGGCGCCGGAAGCCACCAGCAGCAGAGCCAGUAUGGCAACUAUGGUGGUGGUUUCGGAGGAGGUUAUGGAAGUGGAAGCUACAGCCGUGGCGGCUGGGGCGGAAACUAUGGAGGGCACAACUAGCGCUCUCUCCAUGACUUCUAGCCCCAGGAAAAGAGGCCAAGUCGUAUCAACAAUCACGUGGUAUGGCGAGGGGUCUUUCUUUUCCGACCAUGUUUUGACAGGCUGACGGCUCCUUUUAAAAGCAUCUUUUGGCAAGCUUGAUAACGCCUCAGUCACAACUUUGUACUAUGAAAUCUCCUUUCUUUCCUCUCUG